CUUUCCCAGAGUUCCUCCCAGCUCCCAGGGACCCGCGGAGGGGCCGCGGCGGGGCGGGGACUGGCUCGGCUGGGGGAGCGAGGGGCGGGCCCGCGGCCGCCUGGUGGCGAGGACCCGCGGCGGCCUCCGCGGAGUCGCGGUCCAGCCAGCCCGGAUCGGCGCCCCUCGCCGGUGCAGGGCCCCGCCGGCCUGCUCCUCCCGGGCGGCGCGCGCCUCUCCUGGCGGCGGCAUCACCCCACUGCCUCCCGUUCCGCCCCAAAACGAGACCAGUGCUGGCGCCCCUGAAGCGCGCGUCCGCGGCAGCCCGCGGCCCGCUGGAGGCCUGACCCCCGGGCUCAGGGAAGCACGGCCUCUCCCCACGCCGGGCCUGGGGGUCCCGGUGUGCCCCAACGCGGGGCCGGGGCUGGGCCCAUGGCGGACCCGCGGCGGCUCUGCAGGCUGGUGCAGGAGGGUCGGCUGGGCGCCCUGCGGGAGGAGCUACGGGGCGCGGGGCCCGCCCUCUGCCCGGGCCCGGCCGGGGACACCCUCCUGCACUGCGCCGCCCGCCACGGGCGUCGGGACGUGCUGGCCUACCUGGUCGAGGCCUGGGACAUGGACAUCGAGGCCGCCAACCGAGACUACAAGCGGCCUCUGCACGAGGCUGCCUCCAUGGGCCACCGGGACUGCGUGCAGUACCUGCUGGGCCGGGGAGCCGCGGUCGACUGCCUGAAGAAGGCCGACUGGACUCCUCUGAUGAUGGCCUGCACAAGGAAGAAUCUCGGGGUGAUCCAGGACCUUGUGGAACAUGGUGCCAAUCCGCUUCUGAAGAACAAAGACGGCUGGAACAGUUUCCACAUUGCCAGCCGAGAAGGCGACCCCCUGAUCCUCCAGUACUUGCUCGCUGUCUGCCCGGCUGCCUGGAAGACAGAGAGCAAAAUUGGGAGAACUCCUCUGCACACCGCAGCGAUGCAUGGCUGUUUAGAGGCAGUACAGGUGCUUCUUCGAAGGUGCCAGUAUGAACCCAACUGCAGAGACAAGUGUGGACUCACACCCUUUAUGGACGCGAUUCAGUGUGGUCACAUCAACGUAGCAAGGCUGCUCCUGGAAAAACAUAAGGCUUGCGUUUCUGCUGAGGAUUCCCUGGGGGCCCAGGCUAUCCACAGGGCAGCAGUCACCGGGCAGAACGAAGCCAUCCGGUUCUUGGUCUCUGAACUUGGUGUUGACGUAGAUGUGAGAGCAGCAUCGACCCGCCUCACGGCACUUCAUUAUGCAGCUAAGGAAGGUCACGUAAGCACAGUUCAGAUGCUCUUAUCCUUGGGUGCUGACAUCAACGCUAAAGAUGCAAGAAGUCGGUCAGCCCUGCACCUGGCCUGUGCAGGGCAGCACGUGGCUUGUGUCGAGUUUCUCCUGCAGUCUGGGCUGAGAGACUCCGCAGACAUCACGGGCACCCUGGCUCAGCAGCUCGCACGGAGUGCAGACAUCCUCCAUUGCUUCGACCACAGCGUGACGACGUGAGGGUGUUUCUAAAGGAAGACAGUGCAGCGCGUGGUAACUGCCAUCCUGCUGCUUAAGUCGUUACCAGAUUCAGUGAAGUCGGUCAGUAGCCAGUGUUUUCUGCCUUCCUUCACUCUGCCCUCUCCACUCAGUUGAGAAUUCCCAGAGAUUGGGAGGCUGGCUUCCCAGCUGUGUGACUGGCACAGUGUGAGAUCUUGAGCACAAUCGGAAUCUUCCCAUAGGCUGUAUUUCACUUUCCUACCCUUCAGGUGGGAUUAGAUGAUGUCUGUGAGGUCAGUGUCUGGACUCCUUAGAAUAGCAGAUAAUGUGCAUGAAUAUGAUGUGUACAUAUUUUUAUAUGUGUGUAUAUAUAUGAAAUGUUUUAUAAUAAAUAUAUGGCAAGGCAAUGAUAACAUUAAAAGUAGAAGAAACUGCUGUUA